AUGGCCUUUCCUGGUCAGUGCCCUUCCGACUUCCAGCCUACGUUCAGGAGAAGCCUUUGCCCUGUUGCACCAGUUGCGGCUCUCCAAUAGCGAAAAGGCUGAAAACUGACGGGCAGAGAUCAGAGACAAGACAUGGGAGCUUUGGCGAUCUCCAUCAUCACCACCACCCUCCUUUUCCUGGGAGCAGCAGGGUCUGCUGGUGAUGGUUUUGAUCUCACAGAUGCCUUGCUUGACCCAGAAACCCCUCAGAGCAACCAGCAAUUAGGACAGUGUCAGAAUGAGGCCCGGGACAUUGUCUUCCUGAUGGAUGGUUCAUCCAGCAUGCGGGCAUCAGAAUUCAUGCAACUGAAGGUGUUCAUUGCACUCGUAAUGAAAAGCAUUCCCCAUAAUGCGCAGUUUGCCCUCCUGCAAUUCUCUAACCGCUUUGAGGAGCAUUUUGACUUCAGACGCUUCAGCAGAGACCGGGAUGCCGACCUCUUGAUCGGUGGAAUCAAGCAGCUGGGAGGCUCCUCCCAUACGGCCACCGGGAUCAGAAAAGUGGUGAAAGAGCUAUUCACCACACAAAAAGGAGCUCGCCCCACAGCCAAGAAGUUCCUUGUGAUAGUGACAGACGGGGAGAAAACAGGGGACCCUCUGGAGUAUGCAGACGUUGUUGAAGAGGCCAACAGAGCUGGAAUCACACGCAUUGCAGUUGGGGUUGGCCUGGGAUUCACAAGUACAGCCGCCCAGCGUGAGCUCCAUGCCAUGGCCUCCCACCCGCCCACAGAGCAUGCCAUUGUUGUGAGACACUUCUCAGGCCUCCGGGACACCCAGGCGGAGCUGAAAGAGAAGAUUUGCACCAGCCACGGUGCAGCUGCUUCACGGCCUACGAUGGUGCCCCAGCCCUCCAACACCUGCUCAGAUCCCCAGGUGCUGCAGAAACUGGAGCGAGUGCUGAGUGGCCUUGAUCAGGUGAACACCAAACUGAAUGCGUUGGCUGCCAAGCAGGGGAAAUGUGCCUAGGGUUCUCAACACCUGAGAUGGGCAGUGGAUGGAGGCAAUGUGGUUCAGGAAGGAAGGGGAGAGAAGGACAAAGAAGAUCGAAGGGGGAGAACGUCGGAUCCUGGCACAUGGAGGUCCUUCCUCAGGCGCGUAGCUUUUUAAUCUGGUUUCUUAUAGGGUGCAGAAGUCAAUAAAGCCGCCUGCUCACCAGUUGGGUCCCUGCUGUUUCUUACACUGCUGCAUUAAAUUGACUCCACAUCAGUGCCCGAUAGGCUGCUAGAGCUCUUGUUAUUUAUACUAGAGUAAUUUAUUAACUUAUAAGCUGCCUUUUCCUUGUGCGUCAAGGUGAUUUACAGAAAAGCAGCUAAAACAGCUUUUUAAAAAAAGAAUUACCCAUAUAUUCCGGUGUAUAAGGCGACUGGGCGUAUAAGACGACCCCCAACUUUUCUAGUUAAAAUAUAGAGUUUGGGAUAUAUUCUCCGUAUAAUAAAUACGACCCGGUGUAUAAGACGACCCCCGACUUUGGAGGAGAUUUCCCUGGGUUAAAACGUAGUCUUAUACGCAGGAUUAUACAGUAAAUACAAUAAUAACUGGAGAUAGGUUUAAGAACGAUACACGGUGAAUACCCAAGGAAGAGAUAUUUUCAUCCAGAUGGAAAAGCCUGUUGAAACAAAAAUUGUCUUCAAUUGUUUCUGGAAAGAUACCAGUGGGUGGGUGCCUGUCAUAUCUCGGCAGGAAUGCAGCCGCACAGACUGGGAGAAGCCCUGCUUUGAGUUCCCAUGGAGAGGGCAUCUGAUAUAUUGGAGACUUGAAGGGGAAACUCUGCUGCAGAGCACAGUGACGUACGUGCUCCUGUGUGUGUGUGUGUGUGUGUGUGUGUGUGUAGCUAUUUAAAAGGCUGCCUUCUCAAAUAAGAUUGAGUUAUUUUGAUUUACUGUAUAUUCCUGCGUAUAAGACUACUUUUUAACCCAGGAAAAUGUUCUCAAAAGUCGUGGGUCGUCUUAUACGCCGGGUCGUAUUUCUUAUACGGCGAGUAUAUCCCAAACUCUAUAUUUUAACUGGAAAAGUUGGGGGUCGUCUUAUACGCCCAGUCGUCUUAUAUGCUGGAAUAUACGGGUAUAUCCCUCACCCAACCCAAAAUCUCAAAGUGAAAAAUACAAAAGGAGCUCAGCAGAACAAAGAUGCUGGCAAUGCUUUCUCACAAGUAAGUCCCACGGUGUUCACUGCGGCUCACCCCCAGGCAGAGGUGUACCUAGGGGGUUGUUGAAACCGGCCCCCACUGGGGGCACACAAAAAUCACCUAUCAGACUAUGGAGUGUAUGACGUAUGUGUGUUUCUAGUAUUGUGACACUGCUGUCAUUGCCAGAUCAAACAUGGGAGAAAUAUCUUUCUGACAUCGCGGUACAAAGGCGUGUGAAUCUUUUCGCCCUUCCUCCUCACUUCUCCCUCCCUCUGGACGCUUUGAGUACUUGGGUUGCCUAAAGUGUAAGUGAUUCUUGGUGUGGCUACUGCACUAAAGUGAUUUCUAGGAUUAGUUACAGGUAGGUAGCCGUGUUGGUCUGGCGUAGUCGAAACGAAAUAAAUUUUCUUCUUCUUCCAGUAGCACCUUAGAGACCAACUAAGUUUAUCAUUGGUAUGAGCUUUCAUGUGCAUGCACACUUGGUAUCUGAAGAAGUGUGCAUGCACACGAAAGCUCAUCCCCAUGACAAACUUAGUUGGUCUCUAAGGUGCUACUGGAAGAAAGAAUUUUUAUUAUUAUUUUUCUAGGAGUGAGUGCCAAUGCAGCUCCUUGCCAAGGGUGUACGGGUCCCUAGAUAUGCCUCUGCUUCUGGGUAGAGGUGUAUAUAGGAGGAAAUGUUACAUAGAUGGGGUAUAUCUUUCCCCCCAUAUGUCUAUUGGCACUCAGGGCAAAAGUAGACAUUAAAUUGUUUGUUGAUUAAAUUUAUUAGUCACUUGUUGCUUGAAGGUCCCCAAGCAACUUGCAAUAAAGAAAAAUAUACACUAAUACAUAAUGCCAUGGUGGGAAAGGGGGAUCAUAUAAUACAUUAUUAUUUUGUAUAAAAUACUGUAACACUAAUGGGAAAACAAAAACAACACACCAGCCCGUAUAAAUAGUAAGAAACAACAUUAACAGUGUUCAAGUAGUAAACAAAGUAAUACUCCCACCCAAUAAUUAGCAAACAAAAUCUCAGACCAUAGCAAUUAGCCUGUUUUUGGACAAAUUUUCAGCACAGGAUCCUGAUCUAGAUCUUGGGGAGCUUUUAAAUGUCUGUGGUCCUAACCUCCAUGCUGGCAAAUGUGUGUAAAAAGACUCUGCAUUUGAAAGUCACAGCUACACAUCACUGUUGUGUAGUUCAGAAUGUCAUUAGAUAAAAUGAAACUGGCAGGAGAGUCUGGACAGGCAUGAAAGAACCACUUCAUACAUCACCCAGUUCAUUUCUCAAAUUCACAGCCACCAUAAUGUGGUGAUGGCCACUAAUUUAGAUAUCUUUAAAAGGCAGAUUAGGGACGCUGGUGGCGCUGUGGGUUAAACCACAGAGCCCAGGGCUUGCUGAUCAGAAGGUCAGCGGUUCAAAUCCCCGCGACGGGGUGAGCUCCCGUUGCUCGGUCCCAACUCCUGCCAACCUAGCAGUUCGAAAGCAUGUCAAAGUGCAAGUAGAUAAAUAGGUACCGCUCCGGCGGGAAGGUAAUAGCCGUUUCUGUGCCCUGCUUUGGUUCACCAGAAGCGGCUUAGUCAUGCUGGCCACAUGACCUGGAAGCUGUAUGCCGGCUCCCUCAGCCAGUAAAGCGAGAUGAUCGCAGCAACCCCAGAGUCGUCCGCGACUGGACCUAAUGGUCAGGGGUCCCUUUACCUUUUAAAAGGCAGAUUAGUAAAUUUAGUAGAGAAUAAGGCUAUCCCUUGUUGCUAUUCAUGAUGGCUACAUACUAUCUCCAAUGUCUGCAUUGAGGUUUUCCCACAACUGCUUUGAGGGUUUUUUAAAAAAACAAUCAAAUGGUAUAUAUUUAACUUGUAUGGGAUGAAUGGUAUCAGAAGGAACAUGCCCGUGUUUACUGGGGAGGAUGAGAAGGAGAGUGUCCUUGCCUUCAUCAUGUCCUGCUUAAACACGAUGCUCAGAGGGCCUGUGGUCUGAUCCGACCAAGCUUUUCUUUUAAGUGGCAGUGGCAAGAUUCCAAUCCAAGCACAUUCAGUCCUAAAUAACAUUGAUAUGGCUUUUGAGCACGGACAGAGGAAGCACAGGCUGUGCACACACACCCCUCUACACUCGCACUGCUGGUUUGGGAAGUAGCAUACACACCAUGUUAUCCACAGGCCACAUCUAUCCUGUAGUUUCUUAUGAAAUACUGUUUUGAUGCAUUCCCCAGCAAACCAGCUUUGAGUCAAAUGGAGAAAAAGAGCUAUUCAGCUUUGUUUUAAGCUAGUAAUGCGUUCGCAGUGACAGGCAACCUCACUUUCUAUCCAAAUCUGCAAGCAGGGUCAAAAUCCCACAUUUUACCUAACGAGGCUGAAGGGUUUCCCACCAGUUUUUUCUUUAUACACUUAGAUCCCCAUUUGAUUCAGAUAGGGAAAGGCUAUAGCCCAGUGGUACAGCACAUGGUUCACAUGCAAAAGAUGCUUCUCUUAAACCCGGAAGAGCAGCUGCCAAUCGGCUUACACAGCAGCAUGCUAGAUGGACCCAGAGGUUUGGUUCAGGACAAGACAGAUCCCUAUGCUGCUGGUGCUGCAUUCUGAAAUAAACUGCUGGGCUUAGAACCCAAAUACAACUCGUAAGCCAGCAUGGUGCAGUGGUUGGACUAGAACCUUGGGAGAACAGGGUUCGAAUCCCACCCAGACAUCCAUGAAGCUCACUGGGUCGUCGUGAGGAUGAAAUGGGGAGGUGGUGUGUACUACACCAGCACCUUAAUCUUUUUGGAGGGAUAUAAAUGCAACAAACAAUGCACACCCAUGCUCCCUGCACGAAAGUUACAAUGCCUAAAUCUAGGUUUUGCAGGACGUAGUAUCUAUCAUAGAAUCUUAAAGAGUUGGAAGGGACCCGAGGGUCAUCUAGUCCAACCCCCUGCAAUGCAGGAAUCUCAACUAAAAGCCUACAUGGCAGAUGCCUCCGCUCUGCUUUAAAAAAACAUUCAAGGAAGGUACCUAGGAGGUAUUAUAUGAAUUUUAAGAAUAGCGCAUUUUCAUUACAAAAAUGUGUUGUUUUUUAUAGCAUAAACUUCCCCGCCCCUUGAAACUUGCUUUUCUAAUGACGACUGCGUGGAGGGGCGUGGAGGAGUCAGCAAGCAAAAGCAGAGAGGGCAGCAGCCGGACUUGGCGGGAAGCUACACCCACUUUCCCCCAGCGCCGGCUUCUCCCUUCCUGUUGUUUCCCCCGCAGCGAGCCUCUUCCCACCGUCGGAUCCAGGCGGGGAAGGAGGAGGAGCAGGAGCUACCGGCCGGCCAGCCAGAGAGCGCGCCAGCUUGGGACUCUGCCCGGCUCCUGGGCCGGAUAGGCAGGGAGGGAUGCGAGACUCUUCCGGGGGAGGCGGAGCCCGGACGCCUUCCUGCUUCCUGGCCCGCUCGGCAGGCAGCGUCUCUCGGCUGCUGGCUGAGCUGGGAGAAAGGAGACUUCUUCGAAAGAAGGGAAGAAGGAAGCGCCAAGAGACCCUCCUCCGGAGCCAAGCCGGAUCCGCGCCCAGCUUAC